UCGCAGUGCGAGACUCGCACGGAAAUCCGAUGGCCGAGUUCAUCAGCUGCGUCAACUGCUCGUCGUCGGCCCCGUCGGGUCUGGUGUGGCGCGCGGUUUCCGACGGGGCGCGCGAGGUGCUGCUCGAGUACCCGGACCUGCUGAUGGACACGUACGCCAUCUGGAAUCGGUGCCCGAGGCUCACCGUGCUCGUCACCUCGGAACCCGGGCGGAGGGCGCAGCGGGACGCCAUCCGGGCCACCUGGGGGCACCUGGAUUUCCGCUGCAACUGCAGCUACCGCGUUGUCUUCUUUAUGAGCGCGGUGCCACGCUCGAAGCAGCACUACGCCCUCAAGGCCGAGUACCGGCUCACCAAGGACAUCGUGGUCCAGGCGAGAAUCGCCGCAUCACCCGAGCCCACGUGGUCGAUGUCCGCGCUGCUCGUAGAAUGGGUCCCUACGCACGUGUCCCAUUCGAGUUUCGUGCUGCGCGUUACAGACGACACGUACGUGAACGUGCCGGCAGUGCUGGACGCUGUGGAGAGCCUACCCUCGUCCAACGGCACUGUCCUCAUGUACGGCCUCUUGUCGCCUGACCGGACGCACCUGGAAGACUGCGCCUACAUGGCCAAGUCCGAAGUCUUCGCGCAAAUGCAGCGGUCUUUCGCCGACGUCGCCAUGAACCAAAGUGACGGGCCCCUGGUCACUGGGCGGCUGGCGCGCGAGGCAGGGGUCGCCCUGGUGCACAUGAAAGGCUUCGGCAGCUGCAGAAGUCGGCACUCUGCCUUAAUGGCGCAGCAGUGGUUGCGAAAAGGCGGCGAUGCGUCUUCGGCGUUCCUGACGGUGCGCGGAAUGUCGCCCGUGCUGAUGUCUAUGCUAGACGAAGUAUAG